UCCAAGCUCUACAGCAUGAUUCCACUGUUUUGUAAGGUUUUUGGAGAGGUGCAGUCAUGCGAAAUGACUGAAAAAUUUGCAGACAUCCUUCAGUUUUGCAGUCAUCUUUCAAAACUUAUGGUGACAGAAAUACGAAGAAGGGCUUCCAACCAAUCAACAGAGGCAGCAAGCUGUGCAAUUGUUAAGUUUUUGGAGAUUGAAUCUACAGAAGAAACCAGUAAUGGAUGGAUGUUGCUGAGUGCAUUAAAUCUUUUGUCCAGCGGAAGCCAGGCACUCAUAGACUGUAUGACGGCAGCCUCUCUCCCUUCUACCCUUGUCAAAUGUCUCUACCUGUUUUUUGACCUCCCAGAUGUUGUAGAUGGUGACUCACUGGAUCAGGGAAGCCAAUUUACAGCAAAAGAAAGACGAAUCCUACUACAGAAAGUGUUCGUUCAGAUCCUGGUGAGGUUAUGCAAUCACCAAUCACCAGCUGAGGAGCUGGCAAGGAAGGAUGACCUUAGUCUGCUCUUUAGUGCAAUAACAAGUUGGUGUCCGGCACACAACACUCUGUGGAGAAAAUCAGCUGGAGAGGUGCUGGUUACUCUGUCUAGGCAUGGACUUACCACAAAUGUGGUGAAAUAUAUACAUGAAAAGGGUUGUGUACGACACUGUAUAGAGAACAUGCAGCGUAUUCAAGAGUUAUCUCCACUUGAGCUUGUGGAAAUGUUUGUCACUGUGUUCUGUUUCCUAAAAGAUUCUAGUGAAGUGUCCCAAACACUAUUAGAUGAUUUCCGUUCAUGCCAAGGCUAUAUAUACUUGUCUGAAUUUCUCCUAAGGCUGGAACAAGACAAGAAUGAAGAGGCCCAACAGGCCUUGAGAAACCUGGUGUUACUGGUGGGCUCUCUCACCACCUGUGGCUUUGUGGAAAUCAAAACUAGCUAUGGUAGCACAGGGGCUCUCUUCCAAAUCCCAGGCUUCUCUGUACCACAACCUACAGGCAAAGGUGUGAGUGUACGAAAUAUCCAGGCAUUCCAAGUGUUACAGUCUGUGUUCAUCAAGGCAACAACAAGCCCUUUGUGCCUGAUUGUCCUCGACGUUAUCAACAGCAUCUACCACCAAGACAGCGCUAACUAUUUUAUCCUUGAACCACAGCACACACUCUCGCAGUUUGCUGAGAAAAUCCAUUUAAAACCAGUAGAUGUCCAGGAAAAAUUCUUUGAAUUGCUAGAGUUUGUGGUUUUUGAUCUCAACUUUGUACCCUGCAAGGAGCUGAUAUCUGGCAGUAUCCUCAUCAAAGGCAAUCAUUCCAUACGAUGCAGUAUCCUGUGUAUGAAGACAUUACAGCGUGUACUACAACACCAUGCUGUUUAUCGUGAGGUUUUCCGAGAGGUGGGCAUGUUAGAGGUCAUGGUUACCUGUUUACAUAGGUAUGCAGCCCUGCUAAAGGAUCCAGAGGAUGAAAAAGUGAAUGAGAAGAUGGAUCCUGAGCAACAACAACUGGGCUUCCUCGUCAUGGACUGCCUCACUAUCCUGCUUAGUGCCAACAACAAUAAUGCUGCGGUGUUCAGGGAAUGUGGAGGAGCAAGAUGUGCACAUAACAUGGUCACCUUUCCUCAAUGUCGCCAUCAAGUCCUUGGCAUCAUACAACAACUGGUGCUGUCCCCUGGUGGUGAUGAUGACAUGGGCACACUACUCUGUCUGAUGCACACAGCACCAGUCUUAGCCCUAGAACUCAAAACACACAUUUUGAAAUCCUUGCUACAUGUAUUGAGAGAAAGUCACCGUACAAGGACAGUGUUUAGGAAGGUGGGAGGAUUUGUCUAUGUAAUGUCAGUGUUGGUUUCUAUGGAGGGAUGUCUAGCAGACCCACCCAAAAUGCCCUGGAGUACAGUGUCCCGCCAUGAAGUUCUGGGCAUGUUACGAACUGUUUUCAGCACCCUCACAGUUGCCAUGAGAUAUGAACCUGCAAAUGCAAAGUUCUUUGAUACAGAGGUGCGCUAUGACAGCCUGACAGAAGCAGUACGUUUACUGGGAUGUUUUUCUGGGACCAUUGACAUCCAGACAGCCAUGGACUUUAUCAUAGAAGAUGAAGAAACAAUUACUGCAGUUUUUGAGGAGUUCUUUGUUCACACAAAAGAGAACAGACUGGAGACAGAGGUUCCUAUUACAUUACUGUCGGCCUGCAUCAUGCUGAAAUAUCUCUACAACAUGGCACUGGAUAUAUUUGAUAAGCCUGGUGUUGGGGGAAGUCAAACACAGGCCUCUGACUCUCCAGCUUUGAAACGCUACACCAUGCUACAGUCUUCCCGAGAUGAUAGCGUACCGACAUCACCGAAACCCAAGCGGGCAUCCACAGGAAGCAUCACCAUCUCCCCUACCACCAACCAAGAACAAGUGAUUGUACACCCUGGGGCUGUACUCUCCAUUUUUCACCUCCUCCCAGCCAUAGAGCUGGAGACUAACUCCAGGCUGACUUUAUCCCUGAAGCUGUAUACUGCUAAACUGCUGCGAGCCCUCUUACACACCGAGCGUAAUCAACAGAUCAUGUGUGAGAACGGCUUCCCACAUGAGCUGCUUAGUCAUGGUUAUGUGGCUCUAGCAGAUGAGCUGCACCCCUUGCACUCCAUCCUGAGGGCCAUGUUUGAAAGGCUGGCUGCUCAAUCACUUACACCUAGAGAUCUGAGGGAUUUUUCCCGGUUAGGGUCCCCAUUGAACUGCCAGCCAGUGGAUGAGAUGUUUGAUGGCCCCACUCACAAGACCUGGAACCACAACUGGCCUCUAAGUCGUGCGCCAAGUAUAGAAGAGCGACGCACACCUGUGGAAGUAGUCAAACACCUCCAGACAGCAGGAGGUGUUGUACCACUCACGAGGGUCAAAUGUCUGGUUUCUAUGACAACCCCAAAAGACGCUAGAAUGCAUGGGUUGGCAGUGACACCAGCCUUUGUGGAAUUUGACAUGAGUGCUGAGGGCUUUGGGUGUUUAUACCUGCCAAGUAUUGCACCUCAGGGCCCUCCCACCCCCUCUGUGGUAUCAGGAGUGGUGGGUGGAUCAGACCCCAUAGUGAUAGGGGGAGUAGGGACAGGAGAGAGGGUUUUCCCUCCUCAAUCAGGCAUGACAUUCUCUACAUGGUUCUGUGUGGAUAAAUUUUCAAGCACAAGUGACCCACACCCGGUACGCCUGCUGACCAUUGUACGGAAUCUCCAGGGGAGGGAGGAGAAUCUCGUUUGUCUGAGUGUCAUGUUAACCUCGAGAGAGCGUUCUCUUAUUGUAUCAACACAAGAAUCAACAUUACCAAACACAGUAACUGGGGUUGAAAACGAGCCAGAGCCAGUUUUAAAUGACAACACGGUGCGGUUUUGGUAUCCAGAGUUAACACAGGAAGGGCAGUGGCACCACCUUGUGUUGAUAUUUCACAGAGCUGGGAUUAUGAAAAACAGCAGUGUCAGCCUGUUUGUCGAUGGGGACCAUGUCAACACCCAAAAACUUCACUACAUCUCUCCCAAUCUGGGAGGAGGCGGUACCGCUAGCCCCACUGCCUUCACAUCUGUGUUCGCCUACAUUGGCAGUCCACCCCAAUUACGUAGAAAUUCCCGCCUAACCUGGAGACAGGGCCCUUGUCAUCUUUUGGAGGACAUUGUCACUCAUGCUGUUGUUGCCAACAUUUACAACCUGGGGCCCACAUACCUAGGCAGUUUCCAAUCACCUGUUCUUGAAGACAUUGACACAGUAAUUGCCCUGAUUGCAGAGGAGAAGGUUGUAUUUGGUGUCCAUGCACAUGCAGUACUCCAGAUGACUAUUGCCAAAAUCAGAAAAGUUUACAACAAAGUGGAUAGCAAGUCAAUUGCCAAACAGCUGGCAAUGUCAACCCAUGAUAAUGCCACACCCAUCCGUCUUCUCCACAACUCUGCUGCUCACCUCAGUGGCCUGGCCCGGAGUCUGGGGGCCAUUCUCAUUGGCUAUCUGGGAGUAAGAACCUUCUGUCCAAGACCUGUCGCUAAGAUGCUAGAAAAUGUAGGAGGUGCUUCUGCUUUGCUGGGACUGCUAGCCAUGGCAACCGAUGUGGAAGGGCUUUACGCAGCAGUCAAAGCUCUUGUCUGUGUUGUCAAAAGCAAUAAGACUGUUCUCAAGGAUAUGGAAAGGAUACAAGGUUAUCAGACUCUGGCCAUGCUGUACAAGAAAAAGCAACACCUCCUGAACAGCCACAUCCUUCACUUGACUUUCUCCCUGAUUGGCACAGUGGACAGCGGCAAGGAAAGCUCUGUCAUACCAAACAGGAAAGCCUUUGAGGACCUCCUUUGUGAUUUGGAGGUGUGGCAUGAAGCUCCGUAUGAUCUUCAGCGUUCACUAUAUGAACAUUUCUAUGAGCUGCUGACAGAAUCAAGCCGCUUGAUUCAUCCAAAGAGUGACCAGGUGAGCAACUUCCAGUUGAUGAGGGACAUUGGUUUGACAUCAAGGUUACUACACAUCCUCAAGGAUACAAAACUCUCUGAGGCUACCAUUGACACUAUCACCAAUGUUGUGUACGUCCUAUUACAGGGUCCUCCAGACCAACACAGCCUACUAAGGCUUGGUCAGUUUAUUGUGUCCACAUUACCUCAGAUGUCUGCAACAGAGAAAAACAUUGUGCUGAAUGGGGUCAACCAGUCCAAGGGUUCUCCAGCCACGCAGGGAGAUAACUCUGCAGGGGGAGAUGGAGAGAAGACGUCAGUGUAUACCAUCAAAUUGAGGAAUACCUGUCUGGAGAUAAUCCUGCGACUGUUACAGGACAAUACAUCUACUGCCCUUUCACAGACGUGUGAUGAAAUACAGAAAGUUCUUGGAUUUGAUUGGCUGCUGCUGUUUGUACAAGGCCACCUCCACCCAUCAACUGUCAUCAUGUCACUCCGUAUCCUCUUGGUGAUGCUACAGAACCCUACCGCUGUACAGAAGUUCAGGGAAGGCAAUCCUGGUGGGGGCUGGCUCCGGAACACCGAACCUGUCCUUAAACAACAUGUAGGGGUCAUGUUAGGAUUAAAUAUCGGCACAAACAGUAAAGGGGGACAGAAGCGAGAGCUGAAUAAAGAGAUCUGUCGUGUACCUGGCUUCACUGCCUUACAGUGGCUUCUCCCCAAACAUAGUCACGUACCAGAAGUCUACUUCCUGUUGAUGGCCCUGUUGCUAGGGCAGCUGGUCAACAAACUUCCUGCUGACUGUCAGUUGAAUCUUGAUGCUGUGUGGACUGUGAUAUUUGGUGUACCAGCUAGCAAGCCAGUGUCUAUAGUAACCAAGGAGAAACACACAGAACUGUGUCCUGAUGCUGCACUUGUCAUCAUGUCCAUGAUCAGGUCCAUGCUUAAUUUGGAUACAGAAGUUGAGAAGGAUAGCUGGGUACAAGAGUAUCCUGUAACAUUGAUGCAGUUCCUGUUGUUCCUAUACCACAACCAGCCUGAGUUCAUUACACUUUCCACAUCACCAGAACUAAUUGGGAGUCUUGCUGCCACCCUUUUUCCCAGUGUGAUUAUAGAGUCUGAUGGAGGAGACGUCACCACACCAACAGAGGAGUUUAAACCUUUCCCUGACUCAGAGUCAUUUGUCAAUAUAAGCACACCUGAAAAUUACAAACCUGGCUUUCUGACUGGACAUCCUGCCCGUAAGUUUGUGAUAGACUUCUUGCGGACCAUUGUGAUAGACAGUUUCUCUCAACAGAUGUCAUACAAGUCCACCACAAUACUGGACAUUGUUCUUGAUGCAUCACCUGAAAAUGCAUCACGAGCACAGAGGAAGGAAUACCAGACAGAAAUUAUGAAGACAGUGAUGGAUCAUUUAUUGGCAGCAGAUGUGUUACUAGGAGACCAAGCAGCAUUGCCUAUUGGGAGUGGUGGUAGCUACACAAAUAUGGCUAACAAUGUCUUCUACUUCGCCAGUCGACUUGUCGAUAAACUCUGGCAAAAUGUGUUCACACGGGAGUCAAAAGAAGUAUUUGAAUUCAUCAGUAAACUCAUCCAGCAAGCUAAACGUAAAGCCUCAGGAAUCUCAUUGGACCUGAUAUAUCGGUCACUGAACAGGACUGUACUGUUCCAGCUGUCCAGGCCUAUACAGUCGGUGGCUGUACAGACAACCGUUCUGGAUGCCCUUCACAAACUGACCAGUAAUCGUGGUCUGGUAUUUGGACCAGCAAAUUAUGACCAAGAGUUUCUAGUGUGUCUGUGUUACUGUCUUCUUCAACUUACUGAGGAUCCUAGUCAGAGUGCUGCCAAUCUACAUGGGGGUAAAGCCAUGCGUACAACCUGGCAUGUUAACAUGGAAGAGGGUGAAGAGUUCACCGAUGAAGUGGCGGAUCUAGCAUACAUGGAGCUCAGCUCUAGUGUCCUAGAAGGACACCACCUGGUGGCGAAUGCGGCCAAACGUGUGUGGGAAGAAUUGUACGCAUGUAAAAAACCUGUUCUGGAAGAAGUGUUUAAAACUCAGCUGAACAACAUAGAUCCAGCUAGUUCAAAGAUUACAUCACCAGACCUAAGCUCUGUCAGAGGAUUGAUACAAGAAAAUUCCUCCAAGGUGUGGAUUGCCUAUGCUGACUCUGAGAGGAAGGGUAACAUUUCCUACACAGAGAGACUUCCAGCUCAGAUACAAUCAAAACUACAGAAGGUUGGGAGUGGCAUGUUAAGACUUGCAACAAGAAAACCCAAGAAGGAACUGCCCCUAAAAUCCUCUCCCUCGUCAAACGUCCACAUGACAGACUACAUUUCUUGGACACUUACACACAUGGCUAUAGUCAAGGACUUAUCUCAGCUGCAGUUUCAGCAAUAUAUUCAUGGUCAAGAACACAUGGCAAAAUACCUGGCUGAGGAGUGGGCCCAAACAGAAGGAGAACUACUGCGAGAGAAGGGCUUGUGGGGGCCACAUGUAGGAAGUCGACUGGAUAAAUGGCAGUCAGACAUGACAGAAGGUCCAUGUCGCAUGAGGAAGAAAAUGGUGAAGAACGAUCUCUUCUUUCAACACUACCCCUACCGACCCGACAUGGAGGAUAGUCCCCUGAAGUACAAGAUUGCCAUGAGUUAUGAUAGUAAAGAAUUUUAUGAGCGCUACAGGCCUCAGACCCUUGUGGAACAUGGCAAGGAAAUACUGCCAAUACAGAUGGGUGUGGAUAGUGGGUUGACAGGGAGUUCAAGUGGUGGACAGGACGAGGACAGGUCCCCAGUCGAUAUGCUGAGUAUGCCUAAGUUACUCCCACAGUCUAGUGGCCAGAAGUCAUCAGAGGCCGAUGAUGACCUUGAUGAGACUACUGCGGAGGGUGACCUGGACAAACCAGAUAAUCAGGAGAAUGUUGGGGAAACCGUGACAGAGGUCCAUUCUGGGGGCAAAUCUGACAACAACCAGACCAUUCUCAGGAUCCUCGGCGAGGGAGAAAAGAUAACCAACAUAUUCCGAUGUGCACGGAUACUUGGAUUAGAUACAGCAGAAGGCCUUCUUUUGUUUGGUCGGGAGCACUUCUAUGUUAUAGAUGGUUUCACCAUGCUAAGGACUCGUGAGAUCCGUGACAUUGACAGUCUACCUCCAGAGUAUGUAUACACAAUAACAUUACCAGUGAUAGAGAUAGGUGUAUGA